UUGAAAACUACAGAUCAAUCGCUUCAGCUACAGACGAUGAGGUCCUUCAUUAUAGGCUUCUUGGUGACCCUAGUAUGGACAGCUACCCCAACUCAGGGCCGCACCAUGGAUCGCUGUUCCUUGGCUCGGGAGUUGGCUAGCCAAGGCGUUCCAUAUGAACAACUUGCUAUUUGGACCUGCAUUGCAGAGCACGAGAGCUCGUAUCGUACUGGCGUGGUGGGUCCCCCCAACUCGGAUGGCUCCAAUGACUACGGCAUCUUCCAGAUCAACGAUCGCUACUGGUGCCAGCCGCCUAACAACAAGCAGUCGGCUAAUGGCUGUGGCGUGAGCUGCACGGCUCUGCUCUCGGAUGACAUCACUUUGUCUGUGGAAUGUGCCAAGAAGGUGCUCCAGCAACAGGGCUGGCCAGCCUGGUCUACCUGGAAGUUCUGCAAUGGCAAUUUGCCCAGCAUCGAUCCCUGCUUCAGCAAUUGCCCGACGCGUAGCAGAUACUGAGAGGCGAUUAUCACAUCGUAUUGAAUGAAAGUAAUACUUUCUAAUAAAAUACUG